CACCCGGUCUGACGAACGACGCCGCAAGCCGACCCGUCCGCCUUCUCUCUUUCGCAGAUCAUUAAGCUCAUGUCCAAAUUCUACCUGAGCAUGCAGCCAAUUAACAGCACCAGCGAGGUGGACAUGAAAAUCCUGACGGAGACCCAGAUCGAAUUGGAGUGCUGCGGAGUGCAACACGGCUAUGUGGAGUGGGGCUACAACAUCUCCGAGUCGUGCCUGUGCAAGGGCGCCGUGGAGGACUGCGUGGCCGCCCCCAGGAACAGCAGCCUGUUUCAGCCUGCAGAGGGCACGCCAGUCAUGAUUUAUAAAGAACCAUGUCUUCCGAAACUGAUCUCACAUUUAAACGUGGCCAUCAACACGACGGUGGGCGUCUCAAUGGGCCUGACUUCACUUUGGGUGUUGUCCUGCAUGCUGAGCAUCGCCAUCUUGUGUCAGCUGAGAGAGAAAAAGGACACGCUGGUGGUGGCGUACAGUCGAGAAGCCAAAACGGGCAACUACGCCGUCCUCGCCGAACCGGCCGAGCUCACCUGAUCGUAUCGGCGCGCCAGAAAUGAUUAACGUCCAUUGUGUGUUCUCGUCGUGUGGAAUCAGAGCUUAACUUAACCAAAAUACGCAUCCUCUGAUUCGUGAAUGUGUUUUGUGCAAUCGGGUGCAAGUGUGGGAUUUCUCGACUGUCUUUUGCAUGUAAGGAAUUCCGUCAUGUUUUCACUGUGAUGUGUAGGUCGUUUCCUAUCGUUUUGUUUUUAAAAUUGAGUUGUGCAAUAAAAUGAUUGAAAUUUGAUUUGGACUUUGUAAGGUGCAUUCAAACUCCACUCUUAUGAUUAUAAUUUACAUGUCAACGAUUGCAAGAUGUUUUUUUUUGUUUUUUAAUUUUAAUUCACAUGGGGAAUUUUGCUUUAUCGAGAUAUUGUAACUUUUUUCAUCAUUUAAUAUAUUUUUACAUUGUGAUUAAAAUUGGGAAAAAACGUACGUCUUUAUGUGAGCAUUUUUAAAGAUGGAGAUUUUACCAUGUUAUAACUACAAACCUGUGUAUUAC